AUGCACACUCACGGCAUUUGGAGAGCGUGUCUCCUGGUGGUGACCUUUUGUGUCACAAUGACUCUGGGCCAGUUUCCUCGGGAGUGCGUCACCCCUGAAGGGCUUCGCAGUGGCCAGUGCUGCCCCUCUCUGUCAGGCCAAGCAGGGGACGAGUGUGGCGCCAGCACAGGGCGGGGUCAGUGUGUUCCCAUUGCUGCAGACAACCGACGCCAUGGACCCCAGUAUCCCUAUGCGGGAAGAGAUGACCGAGAGAGGUGGCCUCUGCGUUUCUUCAACCGCUCAUGUAUGUGUAAUGGGAAUUUCAGUGGCUACAACUGCGGACGGUGUCGACAUGGGCUGACUGGACCAAACUGUGACCAGAGGAUCUCUGUUGUGAGGAGAAAUUUAAUGCAAAUGAGUGCAACUGAAAAGCAAGCAUUCAUCAACUCACUGGACCAAGCAAAGCGGACAAUCCAUCCCGACCUUGUCAUCUGUACACGACGGUACCAGGAGAUACUAGGGCCAGAUGGCAACACACCUCAAUUUGAGAACAUCACUAUUUAUAACUACUUUGUCUGGAGCCAUUACUACUCUGUUAGUAAGACCUUCCUGGGCCCAGGCCAAGCCAGUUUCGGAGGAGUUGACUUUUCCCAUGAGGGCCCAGGUUUUGUCACCUGGCACCGCUUUCACCUGCUACAACUGGAAAGAGACAUGCAAGACAUGCUGGGUGAUUCAUCCUUUGCGCUGCCCUAUUGGAACUUUGCCAUCGGAGGCAACGAAUGCGACAUUUGCACAGACGACCUCUUGGGUGCCAGGAGCUCCUUCGACAUGAACGCCAUCAGCCCCAACUCGGUAUUCUCCCAGUGGAGGGUGGUCUGCGAGAGCGUGGAAGACUACGACACUUUUGGCACAAUUUGCAACAACACAGAAACCAGCCCAAUAAGGAGAAACCCAGCGGGCAAUGUUGCACGGCCUCUAGUGCAGAGGCUGCCCGAGCCCCAGGAUGUGUUGGACUGUCUGCAGCUAAACACCUUUGACACACCCCCUUACUAUUCCACCUCCUCUGAGAGCUUCAGAAACUCAAUUGAAGGCUACAGCGCUCCCCAGGGGAGGUACGAUCCCGUGAUCCGCAGCCUCCACAAUCUGGCCCACCUCUUCCUCAAUGGCACUGGCGGACAAACUCACCUCUCCCCUAAUGAUCCCAUAUUCGUUCUGCUGCACACUUUCACUGAUGCUAUCUUUGAUGAAUGGCUCAGCAGGCACCAGCCAGGGGAGAUAGUCUAUCCUGAGGAGAAUGCUCCAAUUGGACACAACCGCCAAUUCAACAUGGUUCCAUUUUGGCCUCCUGUCACAAAUGCAGAGAUGUUUGUGUCUGCCCCACAAAACCUGGGCUACACCUAUGAGGUUCAGUGGCCAGUUCGCGCCUAUACACUGUCUGAGAUCAUCACCAUUGCUAUUGUUGCGGCGGUGCUGGUUGUGGCCGUGAUGGGCGGAGUCAUCGCUUGCGCAGUGCGAGCUCGAUCCUACCGCUCAGCUGAGGCCUUGGAGCCAUUGCUGGGGGAAACCUUCCGGAGAUACUCGGAGGAUGACCGGAGGUUGGAUAAAUCGCAGUCUGUUGUUUAA